UAUCAUCCGAGUCGAGAAGAAGAAAGAAGACGACCUACCCCGAUCUGAGAAAUUCACCUGAGCUACGUUUAUCACCAAUCUUCGAUCAAUGGCAAUGGCUGUAUUCCGUCGAGAAGGGAGGCGUCUCCUCCCUUCAAUCGCCGCACGCCCAAUCGCUCCCGCUCCCAUCCGAUCUCCUCUCUCUUCUGACCAGGAGGAAGGACCUCUUGGAGUUCGAUCUAUCUCUACUCAAGUUGUGCGUAACCGGAUGAAGAGUGUAAAGAACAUCCAAAAGAUCACAAAGGCCAUGAAGAUGGUUGCUGCCUCUAAGCUGAGAGCUGUUCAAGGCAGAGCUGAGAACUCUCGUGGACUUUGGCAGCCUUUUACUGCUCUUCUUGGAGAUAAUCCCAGCAUUGAUGUGAAGAAGAGUGUAGUGGUCACUCUCUCUUCUGACAAGGGUCUCUGUGGUGGAAUUAACUCCACUGUUGUUAAAGUUAGCAGGGCUCUCUACAAAUUGAAUGCUGGUCCUGAAAAGGACGUGAAGUUUGUUAUUGUCGGAGAGAAAGCAAAGGCUAUAAUGUUCCGUGACUCUAAGAACGACAUCUCCCUUACUGUCACAGAGCUGAAUAAGAAUCCACUCAACUAUGCUCAGGUCUCAGUUUUAGCUGAUGACAUCCUGAAGAACGUUGAGUUUGAUGCUUUGCGCAUUGUUUACAACAAGUUCCAUUCUGUUGUCGCAUUUCUACCGACUGUGGCCACUGUUUUGUCACCUGAGAUUAUUGAAAAGGAAUCUGAAGUUGGAGGAAAACUCGGUGAGCUCGACUCAUACGAGAUUGAAGGUGGUGAAACGAAAGGAGAAAUUCUGCAGAAUCUUGCCGAGUUCCAGUUCUCUUGUGUAAUGUUCAAUGCGGUGCUGGAGAAUGCAUGUAGUGAGAUGGGAGCUAGGAUGUCUGCCAUGGACAGCUCAAGCAGAAACGCAGGAGAAAUGCUUGACCGUCUCACCCUCACUUACAACAGGACUCGUCAAGCUUCCAUCACAACAGAGCUUAUCGAGAUUAUCUCUGGAGCUUCUGCACUUGAAGCCGCCAAAUAAGCA